UAUUCUCUUAGUCAUCUUGCUUGCCCUUGUAGUUCCAUUUAGGAUAUAUUACGUAGAUUUUAGAGUACCGUCGGGUAAAGUGAAGUCAAGAGGAGGGGAUUCGGACGAGUGGAGCACGAGAGCUGAGUGUAAACAUUUGCUGCCACGUCCAAGACCUCUGCAUGAUAAGUCUUGUAAAUCAUCGCAUGGCAUAAGAAAGCAGCAUCAGGCGCCUUCACUCCUGCCACAGAGAGCACAAGACUCUUAUGGAGGGGCGAAGUUCCUGAGGCAGUGGUAGUGUCACGUUCCCUGAGUCAUCGUAAUUGUCUGCCUGCCGGACACACCUGAGGCAGACAUAGGUACACGCAAGGACGGACGAACAAAUAUGCAGGCUAAAGAAAAAGGUUUGGUGUGGGGUCUCCUGGAGGCUGCUGGGGACGUGAAUGAUGGAGUGCGACAGACAGUGGCAAGUUCCCUCAUUACAUUGGGUCACCAGCAUCCCGCACUUGUCCUCACAGCCAUUCACAAGUUCAUUUCUAGUCCACAGACUGCUCCUAAGGUACAUGUGCAGUCCAUCUUGUACAAUGUUGCUGAGAACAUUAUCCGUGAAUGUGGGGAGAAGAUAGACGAUGCUGAAGUGAUCUCAACAUGGAUGGAUGGGGCAGUGAAGUUGCUGACACUGCCUUCAGUGUCACCAGACCUUCAAGAGGCAGCCUCUGGGUUCAUGGUUGCCCUUGGAAGCUGUCCAGUUUAUUGUAAUGCUGUAAUGGAGAGCCUCAUUGCCCAGAUACAGACAGGAAUGCUUCCAUCUCAGAGUGUUAUUGAAACUCUGGGAGCCUUGGCUGCUGGCAAUGUGACUGGCACUGUACCAUACUAUAAGAUCAUUCUUGGACUCCUAGUUGGAUGUCUUCCUGCUGUAAAACAAGAAAGUCUGAAAAAUGCAAUAUGUGUCAUGAUAAACAAGUUCACAGAGGCAAUAUUAGAAGCUGUGGAAAACAAGGAGCCUGAUCCUAACAUAUCACUGGAGUCAUAUGUAACUGAGAGUGCUGCCAUAUUUGAGUUGUUGGUCAAUCUCUGGAUCAAAAGUUCAGCUACCAGUGUGCGUCAUGAAGCUAUUCUGUGUCUUGGCCACCUGAGCCAUCUGCUGCCCACUGACAAGCUAGAGGAGUUGGCAGGCCUGGUAGUAACCACCAUCUUGUCAAUGUACCGUAAAACUUCUUGUCCAUACAGUCUUACAUUUUCAUUGGCACUAAUCAUGGAUGCACUUAUAAGGAAAAAAAUCACUGAAGGGAUGAGAUUUCACGUAGAUCACUUAUUGAGUUCAUUAUUUACUCAAGUAUGUGUCUCUCCAAAUUAUACUGAGCCCUUCACUGUCAAGAACCACUAUGAGGUGCUCCGAUGCUAUGAGCUCCUUGGAGGGCAGUAUCCUGAGAACGUGGUGGCCCACUUACUGCAAAGGCUUGAGAAUGCUAGCUACCAGCAGCGCGUUGGCUCCCUUAUGGUCAUCAAGCACCUCAUUAAUAGCAAGACUCUUAGUGCUGAGAAUGUAGCAAGUUUGAUAACCACUCUGAUUUCUAUCUUGCAUGAUCCAAACAGCAAAGUUGUUAAGAGUGUUACACAAGUAAUUGUUGCAUUGUGUCACAACAACCACCUCACACCUCAAUCUGGUGCUCCCUUCAUCACAUAUCUAGUCAAGCACUCAGCAGGGCUGCCUUCACCUCAGACUAGACGCCCAUCUCUGGCUGAACCUGAAGAAGAGUCGGUGCCAGUGGUGUGUCGUCGGGUGCUGCACCUCCUUGCUACCACUGUUGAAGCUGCUUUUCCAUUAUUGUGGCCACUGCUACUCACCUUUGUUUGCACUGCCGAGCAUGAAGCAAGUCUUCCCACAACCAUGGGUUGCCUGGCACAUUUGGCUAAAACUAUCUCUGAAUUCAAUGAGCAGGAACCUCUUCUUGUUGGUUCACCAGGCCCACCAACAUCACCUGUGUUACUCUCACGACUGCUAGUCCUAAGUUGCACACCAGGAAAUGGUGUGGGAGUGUCAGCUCUUACUUUGCUGCAAGGUCUGGCAUCCCAAGUGAGCCCCAGAGUGGUGGACCCCUGGGAGAAAGAUCUUCCACAGCUGCUGGCAACAUUGCAGGACUUGACUGAAAAGGUUGAUUUAGAACCUUCAGCAAUUCAUAUGUGGCAUGAGUCUUUACGAGAUUUUCUUGGUGACACUAUCACCAACAUUGACAGUGAAGAAUAUACUAUGAACCUAGGAAAAGCUCAGAUGGAGCAGCUGCAUUUGUAUGAAAAGCAGCCAACCCAGCUGUGCUUCCUCAUGUCUCUCAUCGGCAUCACCCUCAAGCAGUCCACCAGCAAGACCUUCAUUGCCACCAAUCUCACCACACUUUUCAACACCAUCAACCAAAAGUCCCCCAGUGAGCGAGAAAAUUUUGCUCUGUGUGUAGGGACAGUGGCAGCUGUCCACAGUCAGCUGGUUCUCACACAUAUAGACAUGUGGCUCAAAGCAGCAGAUCCUGCCAAGAAGCCCAUAUCUUUUUUCAGCUUGAUUAAGGACACACGAGCAGAAGAAUGCUCCUGGACAAGGGCCACGCUGGUACAGUGUCUGGGCCAGGUGGCUGCCCUCACACCCCCUGAGGCUGAUCAAAACUGGGUGGAGGGACCCAUCAUGCUACAUCUCCUCAAUAUCAUCAACAGUAACAAGAGUGACAAUGUGAAUGAGGCUGUACUGCACACUGUCAGCAGUAUUGCCCGGGCACGUGUCACCCAGCAAGGCAACAGCUUGCGUCAGCGGCCACUACUCAUCACACACCUCAUAAACACCAUCAAGCCUGACAACAUCCCGAUUCACAUCCUUGCAAGCACUUUUCAAGGUCUUAGGGAUCUUGUAGCACUAGAACCUGAGUUGAACGUGGAGGAGCGAACCAUCAUCCUGCAGUCUGUGUUGACUGCCUUCAUGCCUCGCUUGGCUCAAGUGGAGACCAUGGAUCCCUUGCUCAUCAAAUGCUUUGCUCAACUUGGUGUUCUCAUCAGAACAAUUAUCCAGAAGGACACCAACCCAGCCACUCUUGAUGAUGUGACAACAUUGCUUCAGUCUUGGACAGUCUCCCCAACAGACUUGAUCAGAAUAAAGUCUGUUGAGCUUCUGCACACCACUCUCAAAACUUACUAUGAUCAUGUCACUUUUACUGUUGAGGGUCCAACAAACUUCAACCAGACAUGCCAGCUGCUGGCAUUCCUUGUGCCACGAGUGACUGACCCAAGCCCUCUGGUGCGGUCGCAAGCAGUGGGUAGCAUAUACAUGGUGUUAAGGAUUGCUGGCCGCUAUACGGGACUUACACCUGACCAUCAGGACAAGGAUCUGGACACCAUUAAGUCAGUAGAAGAGCAAAUUUCUGCUGAUGAUCCAAAGAAGAUUGAUGGAUUAGCCGAGGAUGUUGCUCAGGUGAUAAGCAACAAGUUGUCAUUUGUUCAGCUGCGUUCCUUCUUGUCUUGUGUGGUGGUUGGGCUCCAGGAUCGUCUGCCAGCAUCCUCAGCUGGUGUGGCACUCACUCUCAUCUCAGUGUUCACCCUCAGGGGUCACCAACUGCACCAGCACAUCAAAGAACUUUUAGAACUUGUGUAUAACCGUCUGGAGAAGGUCCGUGACAGAGAGACUCGACAGAGAGCAGUGGAGGCGGUCACUCGACUCUCUUCCCACAACCUGAAUCAGGUGCUGGAUGUUCUGCUGAUCUAUCCUCUGCCAUAUGACAAGGGUGUGUGUGAGACAUGGCACCACAUUGGCCGGGAUCCCAUGCUGUGUUCUGCUGCCCUCUCAUUUCUUAUCCAAGUUUUGGAGCGCACACAACUUUUCUCUGAGCAACCAACCACUACAGAAGCAACUGUUAAAAUUGCUACCAUUCCACCUCUUGCUGCAAUAUCUGGACUUUGUGAGCUGAUGCAUGACUUAAGAGUAGUGAAGGAAGGAGAGUCCUCUGAAGACAGCUGGGAAAAGGUUGAGAACAGCCCUCGUGAAGAGCAUUCCCAGACCUGGUCAGCUUCACAGGAUAUCAUAAAAGACAACUUCCCUUCCUUGGCUUCCCUAUUACUGCUGCUUUAUGGUUCCUAUGUUGGGGUGAUGGCCCCCCUCCACCAGACUUCCUCAGCCAACUCAAAAAGUGCCUUCAAUUUUGUUCCCAAUAGAGGAGCCACAACCUUAGUUCCUAGCAAGAUUGUCCUCACAUGUCUCCAAGCGCUGAUAGAUGUGAUUGACUGUGCUUCUAUCAGUAAUCUUUUGGCUACAAAGAUCAGAGAUGAAAGUGAUGAAAAUAUGGAAAUUCAUCUUCUCACUGUCUCUGAAACUGUAGCAAUGUUGGUUCAUGAAUCCCCGAAGCAUAUUGAGAAACUAGUCAGCUGUUUGGAUCGCCAGCAUCCUUAUGAGAUGCAGCGAAUGACUGUAGCAGCAGUGUUUGCCCAGUUGACUGCAGAAAAAUGUGGAGGUAACUAUGAGCUUCUGGAAAAGAUCAUUGACUGCUUGCUGGGACGACUUAAUGACCGAUCAGUCCACGUGCGUCGCCUGGCUGUGCGCGGACUCUCAAACUUUGCUCACCUGCAGAAUGAUCAGUGCUAUUUCCCACAGUGGUUCUCGGUUUCAGAGAAACUGAAGGAGAUUAUUGCAGCCAUGGUUGGAGCAACAGACCAGCGUGACACUGGCAGUUCUGAGGAACUGAGCGUAGAAAGUCAGGUGGCUCUGGAAGCCCUGAGAGGCUUGGCUGCUCUUCUGCCUCGAUUACCUCAAGAAACUGUCCUCCAGCACACGCCAACACUUCUUAUCAGAAUAAGACUAUUCUCAGAGAAGACAUCAGGUGAAGUGCGAGAGGCAGGCCUGGGCGUGCUGAGGGGGCCUGGCAGCGGCUGUGGGCAGCAGUGAGGAGUUUCGGGAGCAUCUGCACCUCCACCUGCUUGCUGCCCUUGUCCACUUGGCUGACCCUCAUCCUCCAACUGUUGUGAUGUGCAAGAGUGCAUUACAGGCACUUGGGCCACACGUUGGCUCAAAGGAUAUGAACACAAUGUUCCAGACACACCUUAUCCCUAGUGGCCAACUCAACUAUCAUCAAUUCAUCAUUGACCUCACCAAGUACAUGGUGAUAGAUCUGAAGGACCACAUUGGAUUCUUCAUUCAAGCAACUUCAUCAUAUUUCAAGAGCCCAGAGCCCUCACUGCGUAAGGCUGCUGCACUUUUAAUAGGGAAUCUGGUGUACCAUUGUGAACAAAGGGAAGAGCUCAACAUUUCAUCGGUGAGCCAUGGUCUACUGUACCUAAUGCGGGACCCAGAUGCAUCAGUGAGGACAGCUGCUGCCAUUGCCAUUCCUCUGCUCUUCAGGCACACACAGGUGUUGUAGUUUCAUAAGGUACUAGUCUCUAUCAUGUAUAACAUUUUUCAACAUCUUCCAGAAAGAAUUCAUCCCAUGACUGCAGUUUACGAAACCAAGUAUUGUCUCUCCUUGACAUACUAUUUAAUUUGGCUUUUCGGAUGUUAACUGAAUCAUGUUUAUUAAUUAAUGAGUAUUGAUGCAAGAAACAUCAGUAGUCAGUGUGUUAAUUAUAUGCAUGCUAUGUUACAUGAUGUGCUGUACUCAUCAUCAUAUAGAACUGCGCUUAACCAUCUACAUCUCUUAAUGUUCAAUAGUGGUAUAAGCCUGAAGCCCCAGUUCAUUCACUACUGUCACAGCUGUCCAGGAGCAGUAUGUAGAAAAGGUCAUAAGUUUGUUAUGAGCUGGAUGAAGCUCAUGAGGAGCUCAUAAGUUGUAUAAGUACUGCAGGAAAGUUUGCAUCAAGCUAUGAGUACUCAUAGCAUGUUGAGACAUUAUGAAUCAUGGACGAGGACUUCUAAGUGUAUGAGCUACUCACAGUGACAGUGGUGAAGCAGCAACAACUCUUGGUACCACAGUGCCAAAACAUUUUGGUUAGGUUUGGUUAGAUUUUUCUUGAUAAACUUUAAAGUUUUAUGAGAAUUUAAUGGUGGUUACAAAGGAGUGAAAGUGGGGCUGGUGUGAUGUGCAGGGAGCAGGACGGGCCAAGGCCCCACCCAACUAAACCUAAACAAACUUUAAUUAACAAAAUUAAUUAUGUCAAAAAAGUCAAGUUAGAUUAGGUGUGGCUAGGUUUAGUUUAAUCCAGAUUGGUUUGAAUUAGUUAAUGAAAUAGGUUUGAGCAAAAAAGACCAAGAAUUCAUUGGGCUAAGUGAUUGGGUGGAACCACAUAUCUAAAUGUGUACCCUGAAAAUAUGGUGUUGCUAGCAGAAUAAUGUUUAAGUAAAUAGUAUUAAGCAAUUGCAUACCUGCAGGGCUGGCUCCAUUCUAGCAAGGUUUACUGGUACUGCUUGUUGGUACUCAGUAGACUACUUCUUCUUGUGACCUGUAUUGUCGUUCUGAUCCAAUGUGGGCAGUAUAUGCCACCAGAGUUAAUUCACACACAUUAUUUUUGAGGUAUAAUAUAUUGAUAGAUUCUCAUUUCUGCAGUUAUUACAUUAACAAAAUUUCUACUUUUCACUUUAAAAGUGAUAACAGCAUGCCACCAUAUCCUUAUUAUCAUGGUAAGAGUGUUUUUAACCAAACAUUAGCGGUAUUAGUAGCGGAAGAUACACCGCAUAGCACUUUCUUAUGAGUAGCUCAUAAAUCACUUAGCUCACAGUCAGGAGUCACCUUGUGAGUUCCUCUGCAUGACUCACAAGUCUAGCUCCUAACUAGGAUGAGGAUAUUGAAGUUAUAAGUGACUAAGUCUUUUAUGAAGUUUUCUGCAUGCCGCCCCUGGUCCUUAGUCUGGAUGUCACACACACACACACACACACACACACACACACACACACACACACACACACACACACACACACACACACACACACACACACACACACACACUUGAACUCAAUAGUGUUCCCUAAGUUGCCAGAAUGGUGUAGCUAAACGAUUUUGUUAGAGAUGAGAUGUUUUUUGUCCUAUCAUUUUAUUUUUCACUUCUUAGACAGCCCAGUGAUCUUCAGGAGGAAACAGAACUUCGGGAUAAACUAAUUGAUCUUUCAGGUGAACCUGAUAGAAGCUAUCCCGGUUUGGGGAAGUGGAUGAUGUAACAGUUAAGUACUAUUAAACAUGUGAGAAUUGAAUUACUACAUACAAGGAGAGAAUACCCAUGUCUGUGAUCAGAUAACAACUAGUGAAAUGCUGUACACCAGGAAUUUGAUUUUGCAAGGCAAGGUGUUCUUGUUGCUAAAACAAUUUCUUAAUAAAUACAAGACUAUAAAUAGAAGUAGGAUCAUGGAUCCAGUUUGUUGGAGAAGUUAUAGAUAUAAUAUCAAAUGCUUUAGAGCAGAGGAGAGAAUCUAAAGUCAACAUUAGUAGCUGAACAAGGAAACAGUUGUAAUCACUCAUUCAUUAAUUAGGAUAUAUUGUAAAAAAAAAAAAAAAAUUACCUUCUCAAAGUAAAACUUGGAAGAUAUAUUUUUACUUUUGCAGUGUGUGAACUUUCUUGUGUAACAGGGUCUGCCUUUAGAUGUGACAUCACCAUCCAUGAUAUGUCUAAGUGGAUUUUGCCGAAUUUUGAAGGUUGAGGGAAAUAUGCCCCUUCUGAUAGUCACUCAGAUAACUCCUCCGGUGUGUGCUAACCAGUUUUGGGUGCUGAAAGACUCAGUAGUAGAGGUUAUAAUUUAGGUGAUUGGGCUUGAGUACCUUCAUAAUCUUAGCUGUAGAGUGACAGCUAAAACUCAUAAUGGAGAAUCUUGUCUACUUCUAACUUGUUUGAACACAAACCUUUGUCAUCAGUGUAGCAUAACAUUCAUCUUGUUCUUUCCUGGCUGUUCUUUGAAUAAUUUCAACAUGUUUUUUUUCCUUUCCUUUUUUUUUUUUUUACUCUGCAUGGAAAAACACAUUCAUGUGAUAGUAAUAUAUUGUUGAUGUUUAUAAUAUUCACUAAGUCUCAUGAAAUACUGGCUCUGGCCCUUCAGUCUAUAACCAAUGCUAUAUGUUUAAAAUACUUACCGAGAUAUAAGUAUCAUACAGCACUGAAUGGUAAUCUGUACACAUCAUAAUAUGACAUCAACUGACACUUUAAUAAACAUGUACCAUUACAUAUGUAGCAUCUCCCAACUUGCCUCAGCAAUUACCUGUUACAUAUAUGUGAGCCAGAAUACAGAGAAACCUUGUUCCUGUAAAUUGUUGAUAUAAGGAAGUUAGUAUACUUGCCAAAAAGUUUUUACUCUAAAGUAUCUGUUUAAUACUACAUACACGGCUAACCAUGAAACAAUGUGUGCCAAAAUGUUUCAAAAUUACAUAAUUUAUUAUAUACUGGGUGUGCCCCCUUCUUUAUCAUACUUUAUCUAUUUCUCACUCUCUCUGGGUGUUGAUAUAUAUAUAUAUAUAUAUAUAUAUAUAUAUAUAUAUAUAUAUAUAUAUAUAUAUAUAUAUAUAUAUAUAUAUAUAUAUAUAUAUAUAUAUAUAUCGUGUGUGCGUUCCUGCCCAUGCAAAUAAGGAAUGAAGAUUGAGUACUAGAACAAAGAUGAAAAAAAUAAUACUAAAUCAUGUGUGAUAUCCAUAUUUCUUAUAUUUAUGGUGCCUGUUAAGUGGUGUAAAUUUCUAAAUUAUAAUUUUUUUUGCUAGUUGGGAAAAGGUAUUGUAAUUGAAAGCCAUAUUUAGUAUUGUGUUGAGGUAGUGUCCAACUGCAGGUAUACCAGCCUCAGUGUAUACUCUGAGAGAGAGAGAGAGAGAGAGAGAGAGAGAGAGAGAGAGAGAGAGAGAGAGAGAGAGAGAGAGAGAGAGAGAGAGAGAAUCAUACCUUGAACACUUAAUUGGUCUAAAUAUUUAUUUUGGUUUCACUUACUCAUGUGCAACUUGUCUUGGUGUAGAGUAAUGCAAAUAAGCACUUGCUUCUGUAAAGUGUGGGAGAAUGGACAUAUUUUGCAAGAUUGCUAAUAUGUCCAUUGCCUUAGUGCUCAUUAAGUGGUGGGUUUAUGAAUAUGAGAACCUCAACUGCCUGUUAACUAUAAUUAAUAUAUCAGAUUAAUUGAGAGUACUGAAACAAAGAAAGACUGCUUACCCAACCACCACAAAGUUGCAUACAACACUCACCUGAACUGACCAGAUCAGAUUUUACGAGGUUGCCUAUCCUGGGUUUGUAGUGAAAUUGAGUUAUAACCUGCUGUGCAUUAAUUUAUAUGCAUGUACAUGAUGUAGCUCACUUCUUCAGCUAUUAAAGGUCUGCCAGUUUGGCAAUGAACUGAACAUGUGGAGGGGUGUCUCAUGAUAGGUAGUAUAGAUAGAAGACCCAGUUGAUGAUGCAUUUUUCUUGUAUCAGAAUUUACUUAGUUUAAUCCAUGUUUAUCAUUGAAGGUAGUAUGCCUAGCUAUCACCAUUGUAAUGGAACACCGUAAUUUACAUAAAUGUUUACUACAAGUUUCCCUUUAGAUACAGUACAUAGUGCAGGAACAUUGUCUGAUGGCAAAUUUCAUGUCCCUGAGUGACAGUGAAGAUUCCUUUGAUAUAAAUUUUAAUUUGGUUUCCUGUGACAGUUUUAAAAUGGGAAUAUCUAAUUUGGCAUUUUCUUGUUUGACUAAUGUCUCCCUUUCAUUUCUUUAGCACCAUCCUAUAGUAUGGUGAGCAACAAAUCCAAGUAUACCACCAGUGGUGUCAGAAAUCUUAGCUUUCCAAUAAAACUCACUUUUUGUUUGGCUGGAUAACUUCUAUUAAAUAUACAUUUCUUUUUGGGGUUUUAACCAACAUGAAGUUGCUUAGUCAAUCUCCACAAUGACAUUUAGUCUAGAAAGUUUCAUUUUCUCAAGAUUUUCAAGUAGAAAUAAGCCCUUAUGUAUUGCUAAUUAGAAAACAAUGUAGGCAUCACAAUUUUUACCAGUUGGUAAACACUGUAAAAGAGUUGUUAGUGUGUACUGUUAGUCAUAGUUAACACAUUUCAUUGUAUUCUAUCAUUAUAAUCUAGUCUGCUAAAAGGGUCCAAGAAAUAUUCAUGAAUUGACUUGCUGCUAUUAUGCAGUACAACAUAUGGAGCAGGCUUUAUGUACCAAUACCAAUUAUAAAUUAAGUACAUCAGCUAUAUAGAAUGCACUAAAUGAGUGAAGGCCUUGAAUUUGAUAACCUUAUCUAUCCUCUUUAGUAAUGAAUUUGAGCCUACAUUAUUAAGAUAGUGAUAUUACCAUACGAUACAUGCAUGCAGUGUUACCUCUCAGUAACAUCUUCAUUUGAUGUCAGGCUAUGCAGAGUGCCUUGGGGAUGUGUGCCAAAAAGACUCAUUUGAUCAAUUUCUUGGUAUUAUUGUUUCAUGGUUUUGCCACAAGGGAUACAACCAAAAGUAGUGUACUAGAAUUAUUUAUCAAGUGAAUCAUUUACUGUCAAAAAUUGUUCUCUGCCACAAGACAUUAACUUGGUACACAACACUGUACUGCAUAUAUAUAUAUAUAUAUAUAUAUAUAUAUAUAUAUAUAUAUAUAUAUAUAUAUAUAUAUAUAUAUAUAUAUAUAUAUAUAUAUAUACUGUUUUAUUUAUAUACAAAUCUUUAGAGCUCUGAGAAGAUGCUUUGUUAGACAUGUUUUGUGUUCAUAAUCCCUGGAUGGAUGUAAUUUGGUCUGACAAACCUUAAAUUACUAGGAUUCAUACACUCUUUAGGCUUAGUAACAUUGAAGUCACCAUUAUGCCCCUUAGUAUGUAGUAACCCAAAGUCGUCUUGCAAUUUUUUUAUACUUUUGUGCAUAUGAGAGAGAGAGAGAGAGAGAGAGAGAGAGAGAGAGAGAGAGAGAGAGACUAUAAGCCCCAUUGUUCAUACACCAAUACCAGAGGUUGAGGUGGUGUCUUGCAUUUAGGGGUACUAUGCACUACACACAUGGUAUCCAAGGUGCUCAAAGAUUGUGAUAAAAAUUCACAAGUUCUAAUAAUGCAGUUGAUACUAAAAUUUCAGCAGUGCCACAUCACAUCAGUUUUGCAAGUGUAUUCCAGAGUAAAUGUAUUUCACAUGUGUGGAGGUCUUUCAACAUUCUUUGGACUGUUUUGUUUGCAUUCAAGAAAACUGUCUAAUUGUGACAUAUAUUUAUUUUUACUAUAUUUCUAUACUAGUCAUGUGUAAAACUAUGAGCUGUAAAGAAUCUUUGUAAAUUAUUGACUAUAUAUUGUGAUGAGAUAUAGGCUGAACGGUUGACUAGGAUAUUUUUAUCACGUGUACUGUCUGAAUUUUCGCACUAUUCAUCAGUUCCCAUGCUCGGCAAAUGUGGUAAUGCUGCAGUGACCUUAUUUGUGUUGACUACACAGGUAAGGUCACUUGUUACAGAAGAAAUGGAAUUGUCUGUAUAGGUGAGAGGAGUGUAGAGAGAGAGAGAGAGAGAGAGAGAGAGAGAGAGAGAGAGAGAGAGAGAGAGAAAUAUAUAUCUAUUGUCCUCCAGUAACUCAGGGACAUGUCUCCUUCCUCUCCUUGGUCCACCACCAGUACUACAGCUGACACAUCCCCUUCCUCUACUCCUUGGUCCACCACCAGUACUACAGCUGACACGUCCCCUUCCUCCAGUCCUUGGUCCACCACCAGCACUAUAGCUGACACGUCCCCUUCCUCUACUCCUUGGUCCACCACCAGUACUACAGCUGACACGUCCCCUUCCUCUACUCCUUGGUCCACCACCAGUACUACAGCUGACACGUCCCCUUCCUCUACUACAGUACUACAGCUGACACAUCCCCUUCCUCUACUACAGUACUACAGCUGCUACUACCACCACUACCACCAAAUGAACUACAAUUAUGUGAAAACCUGUUAUUUCAUUGUAAUUACUGUAUUAGUUAUCCCAGAGUAGAAAAUAAUUAUGGUUCUUUUAAAUAUUUAUCUGGUUUAGGAAGGUCACUGCAGCUCUGCCACAUUAAAAUAUUAGGGAAGAGUGCUUCAUUGGAGGUGAUUGCUCUGUAUAGUGAUGAAGUGAAUUAUUAAAGUGCUUUAAAUAUUA